GAAAUUACUCUUCUAAACAGCCAGACUUCCCCAGUUUCAGGAAAUUCCAAGCUGGGCAGGAGGAGGGGCUGGGCUGGGAGGGGGGCGCGCCCUGUCCAUCCCCCACCCCUUCUGCGUGUCCUCUGUGCGCACCCGGUCCGGCCCAGGCCCGCCCCCACACUCAGCCCGGAGGCCUCGGCUUUUCCACCACCGCUUUCUAGUCCUUUAAAUCCUAGAGGCAAACUUUUGGGGGAUAAGGAAGGCGGGGAGGGGCCUGGGCCUUAACCCUCUCUGCCCCAGAGGGACUGGGCUGGACUGGGCAGUGACUUCGCGGCCCGUUUGGGCUCCUACCAUGGCCCCCCGAGAGGGGCUGACACUUCGGUCCCCGGUGCAGGUGUGAUCCGCCCGGAGGAAAAAGGAAGAAGGAGCGGACUUGGGACUCGGAGGCAGAGGCGGGCUCCGAACCAAGGAGAGGGGCGUCCCAGUCGGAGCCCGAGAGCGCGCCUGCCCCACUCCGCGAGGGCCACGAGGCCUCUCCAAGUGUGGUGAGUCCCAGGCACUGUGCCUGCGUCCCUCCCCUCCAUGGACAAAGUCAUCCCGCCUUCAGGGAAGGGGCCUGGGAAUCUCUGUCGGGCAGAAGCCAGAGUUUCUCCGUCAAGUUUAGGAAACACUCGGAAGAGUCGGUGAAGCACCGUUGCCUGGCCUGUAGGGAGACUCGAAUGUUAGUAAUUAGUGGAAUCAGCAUGGCGUGGUGGUCGCGGGCCAACCUCCAUUGGGGUCUGCGACCUCGGGCCUCUGGGAGCCGCUGUUUCCCCACCUGUCAAAUGGAAGUAAUCCCUCCUUUGAACCGCUCGCUGCCUUAGGCCCAGGGUGGGAACGCGGCCUCGCUCGCUCACUCGCUCCCGGAGGAGGCAGCGCUGACCCGGCCCUACCCCGCAGAUGCCGGUGCUGAAGCAGCUGGGCCCCGCGCAGCCCAAGAAGCGGCCGGAGCGCGGCGCCCUCUCCAUCUCCGCGCCGCUCGGCGACUUCCGGCACACGCUGCACGUGGGGCGCGGUGGCGACGCCUUCGGGGACACUUCGUUCCUGAGCCGUCACGGCGGCGGGCCGCCGCCCGAGCCCCGGGCGCCGCCCGCCGGGGCCCCGCGCUCCGCGCCGCCGCCCGCGGUGCCGCAGCCCCCGCCGCCGGUCCUCCGCACGCCCGCGCCCGCCGACCCGCUGCUGUCCUUCCACCUGGAUUUAGGCCCCUCCAUGCUGGACGCGGUGCUGGGCGUCAUGGACGCGGAGCGCCCGGGGGCCGCUGCCGCCAAGCCCGACUUGGACCCCAGCUCCGGGGUACAGCACCCCAGGGCCCGCUGCCACCCCAACGCGGACCUCGAGAGGGACGACGUCAUCGGCCUGUAGGCACCCCUGUUCCUGAUGCUUUUACCAUCUGGCACCCCACUUCUUUAUACAUAAAUGGCUAAGGUCUC